AUGUCAGGCGCUCUUACUUUCCCCGAGGCUUUUGCUCAAAAAAUGCCAUUGGAGCUCAAACAAAUGGUCUUCAAUCAGAUAGCAAUCGGCGACACCAAUGACAUCGAGAUCAAGCUUGCGGAUGAAUAUAGCCAGACACUUGAAUCACCAGUCCUUGACCUCUUGGCAGACCUGAAGAGGUGGUACCCGGAAGACGUGUACAUUGCAGCCAUAUACUAUUUCACUGGUCUGCAAUUCCGAUGGGUUUUCGUCAGCGAUCACGAGCCGUAUCGGAAACUUUUCAGGAUCUUCCGCAAGCAGAUCCCCAUCGAGGUCAGAGAGCGAAUCAAACACAUCUACCUGCGACGAGUUAGAUUGGCAAGCCUUAUGAAUCAAGUCCAACUGCUUUUCAACAGCCUCCCUCAUUCCGACGAGACACAACUUCCUCAUAUAUCAGACUACCCUCGUUAUCUUCAACCUAUCGUCGAAAAACUCCCGCAGGUCCAGGGCUUAGACAUUUUUCAUGCAAUUUUGCUCGAAAUUCGAAGCGCAAUGCUAUUAUUGCCGCACGCAAUACCCUCGCUCGACAAACUUGACCUUGGUCUUGAGAUAUCCGAUUGUCUGAUCACCCUGCACAGCCAGGGUAAACUUUACAGAUAUUCGCGUUUUAUUAGUCAAGAUACAGGUACGAACGCUAUAGAUGGGCUCGUAAUUACCCUCUCGCCUCUCAAGACCAUUGCCAAUAUAUCUCAACUCAACAUCCGAAUCAUCUGGGACAGCAAUCUUGAGCACGACACCAAGCGUAUCAAGAUCACUGAUAAGAAAGAAGAAUACACAAAGAACUCCGUUAUCAAGGCGUUGCACAAGGAGAUUCCUGCAAAAUCUAUUACUGGUCAUGUCUAG